AUGCCAGAAGCUACUGAGACGCCGCUGUUGAGUAACAAAGCAACAAUUGGUAUUUCCCUCGGCCUCCUCUUUCUUGCAGCCUUGAUUGUUUUCGUAGGUAUCAUAGUUCUUCACGCCCGCGCUGCUUACAAGUUGGAGCAGAUACGCCAGGCUAGUGCUCAGCUCAAUCCUUCUAUGAGCUCUAUUCAAGACCGGACUAAUCAGGAUCUUGAAGCAGGGUUGAUUCAGUAUUAUUCAACUAGAGAUACAGCUUUGAAAACUGCUCGUAACUCGGUAUUCGAUAGAUCUGAUCUGUUAGACGUUGAUAUUACUGAGGCUAGUGUACAACCGCCCUUGAAGGCCGUCAGUGUGAAGUGA